AUGUCUAGUGAAAGAACUGGAAAGCAAAUAAAUCACCUGGAGGAGGAUUGUUCUAAACCCAAGGUCAAGGACAUUACUUGGAAAGAUGCUACAGAUAUGUCCGAAAUUGAUUUAUCAGAGGGAAUGGGUGUCGAUAUUUUUGGUAUUUCGUCUUCCAGCCAGGAGAUUGUUGACAUCAUUAUAAGAGAUGAUAACUUCAAGAUUAAAGUGCUUUCCAAAGAGUACCAACAUACCUGCAAAUCAACUGGUUUGAUGAUCUGGGAAUCAGCUAGGUUAAUGGCUUCUGUUCUUGCUUCAAAUCCUACCAUUGUUUCCGGGAAAAGGGUUUUAGAAAUUGGAUGUGGCUGUGGGGGAAUCUGUUCAAUGGUUGCCGCACGAUCUGCUGACCUUGUGGUUGCCACCGAUGGAGACACUAAAGCACUUGACCUGUUGAUGGAAAACAUUGCUUUGAAUCUCAAAUCACCAUCUCUUGAAAGAUUAAUUACGAAAAAACUAGAAUGGGGAAACAAAAAUGAUAUAGAUUAUGUCAAGCAACUUAAUGAGAAAGCAAUUAUACCCUUGUUUGCAACGGCUAGAGAACUGAUUUCAUCCAGCAGAGUUGUGAAGGACAGAGAGCCAGCUCUGAUUCUAUGCCAUGUUUUCCGCAGAGUUGAUGAGCCGUCAAUACUUUCCGCAGCAUUUCAGUUUGGUUUUAUGCUGGUCGACAGAUGGCCCGAGCAAACUCCAACUGGCCCAUAUCAGGGCACGAUCAAGAGUUGGUUUUCUGAUGGCGAUCAUGAAGUUCCAACAACAGCACUCAAUAUUAUGAAAGCAUCACAUAGCAGCGAACUGNUUCUUGGUACGGAUGUAACUUACGUAGCUGAAGCAAUUAUACCCUUGUUUGCAACGGCUAGAGAACUGAUUUCAUCCAGCAGAGUUGUGAAGGACAGAGAGCCAGCUCUGAUUCUAUGCCAUGUUUUCCGCAGAGUUGAUGAGCCGUCAAUACUUUCCGCUGCAUCUCAGUUUGGUUUUAUGCUGGUCGACAGAUGGCCCGAGCAAACUCCAACUGGCCCAUAUCGGGGCACGAUCAAGAGUUGGUUUUCUGAUGGCGAUCAUGAAGUUCCAACAACAGCACUCAAUAUUAUGUAUUUUCAUCCAAGUAUAAGUGAUUGA